AUGUCUCCUGAUUCUGGUACUCCCACCUCCCUCUUCCACUCCCAAGGACUCUCGGGAUUACAUCAGGCCCACCCAGAUUAUCCAGGACAAUAUCCACAUCUCAAGGUCCUUAAACUAACCACAUCUGCAAAGCCCCUUUUGCCAUAUAAAAUUCUCAGUUUCGAGAAAUUAGGACAUGGACCUCUCUGGGAAACCAUGAUUGUGCUUAGCACACUAACCGCACUUCCAACCAUGAUUUACAUGGCAAAACACUACAAUGAGUUUGAGAAUAUCAUCUUCAGUAUUCACUGGCAACACAGAGAUGGUCUAGAACAUGUAGGUUUACAAUUUAAAGGAAGCCAGAGGAGCCCCACCCCUUUCUGUCUUCACUGCACUGAGAGCAACUCUCCUGCUACACCCUCUCAUUCUCUAAAAAUACACACCUGUGCCAAGUUUGUUUCUACCCCCACCUUGGUCAGGAGCACUUCUCAGCUGCUGAUCGGGUCACUGUUUGAAGUGGCACUGAAAGGAACAGAAAUACUGACAGAUGAGAGCCUCAGCAGCCUGGCAGCCUCACCUUCUCUGACCCCACUUAUUUCUAGCCAUAGCUUCCAAACUAAAACAAUUUCAUGGUACAUAGACAUAGCAGCCAAGUUCAUUAGGACUGGGGCUGCCCCACUAGGGGUGGAGUCUGCGGCUGGAAUUCAAACUGUGUUUGGAAGUUUCAUGAUUGGUUAUGCCAGGAACGCUUCCCUGAGCUCAUACACCAUUCUGGGCUUUGCCUUCUCAGAGGGCAUGGGGCUCUUUUGCCUGUCGGUUGCUUUUCUCAUCCUCUUUUCUAUGUGAAGGAGCCAUCACCACCUCCCAUAGUUCUUCCUCCCAUGUCUUUUCUGCUCUCUAUGUUCCUUUUCCUAUACCUCCCUAGGCAGCCUGGGGAAAGUGGUUGGCUCAGGGUUUGACAGAGGAAUACAACUAAAUAUUGUUUUAAUAAUAAA